GUGCAAUACUCUACAACAUCCUAUGUAUUUGCUGCUAGAAUGAUGGAUUAAAGAAGGAGCUAGACGAACUCGCCUUCAAUUUCUAAUGAUUUUGUUCCAUUCAUUGCAUACUGCCCCGUAUUCUGAAUCUCACCAAGUAGGACCAGGAUCGCGAUGCUCGCCUCCUAGUAACUGGCUGUUGCGGUUUCUCCAACUCAUCACCGGCUUCUGGUCUUUUGCUUCGUGGUUAUCCAUACUCAGCUCGAAGCCGGCGAAGAGCUGCCAUUCCUCAACAGACAGGGAGAGUGCCGUCACAGCGGCUCCAACUCCUAUGGCAACACAGGCAAUAUCCAGUUCCCUGGCAAGAAACAGCCUUGACGGACUCUAAACCCAGUUGCCCCGCGCUGGCUUAGGCUAAAUAAAGUAUUUAGCCAUCCAGUGCGGGGAAAUUGGUCCGGUUAAAUGAAUAUAUGCAACCGAGAUU